GUGGGUGGGUGGUCACGUUUCUCUCUUGCCCCAUGACUGGUUUUAGAGUAGAUCCUCCCUUCAUGGCUUAGGGGUGGAUGACCCUUGUCCUGGGAUGGCAUAGAUGGUGGGUAAUAUAUGGGUGUGUGUGUGUGUGUGUGUGUGUGUAAGUGAGCCAAACUCUGUCCUUUAUAAAGUCCGGAGGCUGGCAGAAGUAGCAUCCAGACUAAGGGGGAAAAAAGCGUUGCUUAUUGGAGUCCGGUUGUGAGCCCAGAGUGAACUGGAAAACUAGAAUCGACGAGGUCAGGGAGCAAGAUGAGCUCCCAGCGGUCGUGGGCUGUGCGAACACAAUUUCUCCUGCUGUGGCUGCUGCUGCGGACCGUGCCUGUUCCGAGGGCCGAGGCCAGGAGUUCCAGGGUCUCGCUGCCCUGCCCCGACGCCUGCGAUCCCACGCGCUGCCCACCUCUGCCUACCUGCUCGGCUGGCUCAGCGCCGGUGCCCGAUCGCUGCGGCUGCUGCCGAGUGUGCGCCGCGGCGGAGGGCCAGGAAUGUGGCGGGGCACGGGGCCGGCCGUGCGUCCCGGGGCUGCGCUGCGGCGCCCCGUUCUCUCGGGAGCCCGCAGGGGGCGCGUGGCUGGGCACCUGCGGCUGCGCGGAGGGUGCGGAGGGCGCAGCGGUGUGCGGCAGCGACGGGCGCACCUACCCCAGCCUGUGCGCGCUCCGCAAGGAGAACCGAGCGGCUCGCCAGCGGGGCGCGCUCCCCGCCGUGCCGGUGCAGAAGGGUGCCUGCGGGGAUGCAGGGACUACAAGAGCAGGGCUGCUUCGGAGAAAGUUCAAUUUUAUCGCUGCAGUGGUGGAGAAGGUGGCGCCAUCUGUAGUUCAUUUACAGCUGUUCCGCAGAUCACCUCUCACAAACCAGGAAAUCCCUUCCUCCAGCGGCUCCGGGUUCAUAGUGUCUGAGGAUGGGCUCAUUGUCACCAAUGCCCACGUCCUCACCAACCAGCAGAAGAUCCAGGUAGAGCUUCAGAGCGGGGCCCGGUAUGAAGCCACGGUCAAAGACAUCGACCAUAAACUGGACCUUGCGCUGAUUAAGAUCGAGCCUGAUACCGAGCUUCCAGUACUGCUUCUGGGAAGAUCCUCUGAUCUCCGGGCUGGAGAGUUUGUGGUGGCUUUGGGCAGUCCGUUUUCUCUGCAGAACACCGUGACUGCAGGGAUUGUCAGUACAACACAGAGAGGCGGCCGAGAGCUGGGCCUGAAGGAUUCAGACAUAGAUUAUAUCCAGACAGAUGCCAUCAUUAACCACGGAAAUUCUGGGGGUCCGCUGGUGAACUUGGAUGGCGAUGUGAUUGGUAUAAACACUCUGAAGGUGACUGCAGGGAUCUCCUUUGCCAUCCCCUCAGAUCGGAUCAGACAGUUCCUGGCAGACUAUCACGAGCGCCAACUGAAAGGAAAGGCUCCUUUGCAGAAGAAAUACCUGGGUCUUCGAAUGUUGCCCCUCACUCUGAACCUCCUUCAGGAAAUGAAGAGGCAAGAUCCAGAUUUCCCUGAUGUGAGCUCUGGAGUUUUCGUAUAUGAAGUGAUUCAAGGAUCGGCCGCUGCAAGCUCUGGGUUGAGAGACCAUGAUGUAAUUGUCAGCAUCAACGGGCAACCUGUCACCACCACAACUGAUGUCAUUGAAGCUGUUAAGGACAAUGACUUUCUCUCCAUCAUUGUGCUUCGAGGAAGUCAAACCCUGUUUCUGACAGUCACACCUGAAAUAAUCAACUAAGUAUCUUACUUUGAGAAACUGGCUAGCAAAACCAGUUAUAUUACCUGGUUUCCAUCGAAGACGUGCCAGAGAUGGCAGGGUCUUCUGGAGAUCAAGAAAAAUGGAUGCUUUAAAUGCAGAAGUACAUGUUUGCACACACACAUCAACACACACACACACACACACACACACACACACACACACACACACACACACUCUCGUGGAUCCUGAGGUUGAGGGUGCUCUUCUACUGCAAAUAGUUUCCACUUUCUAACUCAAGUGGAAACAGCUACGAUAAUCUGAUAAAAAUUAAAGACAGUAAGAACUAGGAAGCAGGUAAUUCCCAACUAAAUCUUGACAGGAUACUUUAGUUACUUUCUAUUCAGCCACAAAUUGAUGUAUCACACAAAUGUACAAAUAAUCUACCUACCAAAUAUUAAGAAUCUGAAUCUGGAAUAAAGAGGCAAUCACGUUUUAAAUAAUA